AUGUCUGCUGUCGAUUCCGCUCGCUUUCGGCCAACGACGCCGCCGCGUCUUUCUCUUGAGGAAUACAUCGGCUCUGGGCAUAGUCGUCAUGCCUCCAACUCUUCCGUCUAUUCAAGCGAGUCAUCUCCCUGGUCGACUAUGACUGGAAAUACCAGUCCCACCACCUCGCCAACCAGGCAUCAUCAUGGCCCGAAGCUAUUGCCUAAGAUCCGACCUCAAGACGUCGUGAUUGAGCCAGUGUCUGCUGGCGGGCCACUUCGUCACCGUCGGGUUCUGUCCAACACACGGAACCCACCUCCUGGAUUCAUCCCUUACCCACCAGCGCGGCAAUCUGCCGGACAUCGCACACGCGAUGUCGCAGACCGCUUGACAUUGGCCUCUCCCAUCUCACCGGCGCCAACGACUACACAUGGCAGCUUCUCCGCCUUGUCAUCGCCUGUGACCAUCACCCCUUCGUACAAGCGUAAGGCAGGUGGGGGCCACUCACGCUCGGUGUCGGCAUCUGUCAUCGAUGCCGCCACUUUGACUCGAUUUGGGUAUCCCACCUACCGGGAGCUGCCAAAAUAUGCGCCUCAAAUGCACGCCCAGACGACCCCGACCACCCCAGUCACCCCAAUCACUCCAAACAUCAUGCCCUACCCAUCAUACUCUCAGAGACUGGGGGGGCAGCAUGCUUUUGCAAGCACACAAACUCCAUUGACAGUGCCGACACCUCAAUACAACUACCGCCAGGCAUCAAUUGCCCAGAAUUCACCAGUCUUACUCAGUCCCCACGAAGACCUAGCCCCAAGGUCCACAACCCUACUGUCAUACUUGACGCUACCAAUCCAACCAAUCAGCCUAGUCCGCAACGUGAGCGUAGUUCCAACUCGUGGCCUACACGAUUACUUCUGGUGGGACAUCCGCAACCUGCGCAGCUGGAGCUCCUUCUCACUGGCGACAUUCGACUCCCUGGACAGCCAACUAAUCCAGCUCCUGAAGACCGAAAUCCCAGCAGAGCUCACACCGCGCGUGGCUGUACCACCAGGAAGCCUAGCGCCAGAAUCCGAGCACGACCUAGUGAGCCUAAUCCGCGACCUCUACGCACCACGCAUAAACGCCGCCCUAGCCGUCUCCCAAGGCAAAGACCACCUCCAACUCUACGCCGCCCCAGAUGUCCGCAACACAGGCCACAAAAACCACGGCCACCCGCACUUCCUAGCAAACUAUCUUUCAGACACUGAACAAACGAGCGCCGGCCUCCCACGCGGCCGACUAGUGGGCAUCGUGAAAAGUUUCGACCGCUGGAACACCGGCAUGCGCAACGAAGCCCCCCACAGACGUGUAGAAUACCUCAACGGACUAGCCCACCUCCAACGGUGUAUGCGCGAGCACUCCUGCCGCUACGGCUUCAUCAUCACUGAGAUCGAGCUCGUCUGCGUGCGAGCAGGCUGUGACACCGGCGACGACGUCCCCUACUUUGGGUACCUGGAGAUCGCGGCGUCAAUCCCGCUCAAGACAGCACGCCCACACGCGCGCGACGCACCGCUCGCAACACCCAUCAGCGCGCGCUCUUUCUCGUCGUCAUCGAGCUCUUCGUUCCCCUCGCGUCAUGACUCGUCGGAGCCGGAGCCGGUUGAGGAUGCAUUGCCAGCUAUGACGGCAGGUCUAGGCUUGUAUUUCUUAUUGAUGCUAUCGAAGUCGGUGCCGCUUCCGCAUCAGCCUUCUGCUCACCUCAACGUUGGCGGACCUGGUGCGAUGACUCGUCAGAGGAUUCUGGCGGAGGCGAAGGAUAAGUGGAUUCCUGAGCCGCAGAUUGGGGAGAAAAGAGAUGCUAAGAGGGUGAGGGGGUGGGUUUGGCCUUUGGAUCCUUGGCAUCGCAGGGAGGGGGGUGCGUCUAGGGCGAAGACUGGGACGACGAAGAAAUGGCAUAAAUAA